UCUCUCUCUCUCUUCCCACUCCGAAGUUCUAAAAUUUCUGGCUUUCACAAGUUCCCAACCAUAGAAAAAGCAGAAACUUGCAGCAGCAGAAACAACUCUUUCUUCUUCUGCAAAACAACCCCAUGAUUUUACCAUUUUUCUCUCUCACCCCAAGCUCUUUACUCUCACAAGGGUGAUGGGUGUGAGCUCCACUUUCUCUCACACUUUCCACAUUGCAGUAAUCCUCACAUUAAACCCACCACUCUUAAGCCCCUGAUAAUUCGAUUAAUUACACACACAGCAUUGGAAUUUUGUAAACUGAUUGCAUUAAUAUAUGACGAGUGGGAAACUCUACGGUUCUUCUUCUGCGGACAUGAAAGUAACUUUUCGAAACGAAAAGCGUCCUCGCUCUUCUGACGUUCUCGAGUCUCUCUGGAUUCCCAAUCCUUCCUCUUCUUUUUAUGGCUCAAAUUCAAUGGUUAAUUUUGAAAAUGUAAGUGGAGGGGAUUCAUUGGAUAGGCCUUUCUUCCAACCUAAAGAAGAAAAUGAGGAUGAGGAUUAUGACGGUAGCUACCUUCAUCAGCCCGGAAAGAAAAGGCGGCUCACGGCGAAUCAAGUUCAGUUUCUGGAGAAGAAUUUUGAGUCAGAAAACAAGCUUGAACCGGAGAGGAAGGUGCAACUUGCUAAAGAACUUGGCUUGCAGCCUCGCCAGGUCGCAAUCUGGUUUCAAAACCGGCGGGUGCGGUAUAAGAACAAGCAGUUGGAAAAGGACUAUGAUUCAUUGAAAGCUAGCUAUGAUAAGCUCAAGGUUGAUGCUGAUAAUCUCCUCAAGGAGAAUGAAAGUUUGAAGAAUGAGAUUGAUUCGAUCAAGGAUAUUUUGCUUUCGAGAGAGAAAGGAAACCCAGGAAAGGGAGAUUCGGAUUCACAGGAUGCGAUUAAUACAUCGGAUUUGGAGCCUCGGAAUGCAAUUCUGAAUGCAGGUUCAGAAAAUGUGACCAAAGUGGCAAUGGUGGUGUGCAAGCAAGAGGAUGCAAGUUCUGCAAAGAGCGAUGUCUUUGACUCGGACAGCCCGCACUGCACUGAAAAUCAUUCGUCGUUGUUAGAGCCGGCGGAUUCCUCCCAUGUGUUUGAACCAGCUGAUCAAUCAGAUUUCUCGCAGGAUGAAGAUGAUCUGGGAAAGACCCUUCUGCCCCCACCACCACCACAGUUGUUAAAGCUUGAAGAUUGCUGCUAUGAUUAUAUACCCCCUCCAAGCUCUAGUAAUUUUGGGUACAUCCCUUUGGACGAUCAGGAUCAGCAACCCUAUUGUUUCUGGCCUUAUUGAGAGAGAGAGAGAGAGAGAUCACGUUUCACAGCAGACUGCCGCUUCAUUUCUUUGCACUAUCUAAUUAGUUGCCAGUUGUAAUUAUAGUUAAAACAAUAAAUGAAUCCAAUCAUUAUGCCACUAAUUAUGUUUAUGCUUACGGGUUUAUGAUACAACAUGGUUUUUCAUUCAAA